GUUUGGCCUCAGGCACAGACACUUUGUUGUACUUUUUAGGUAGCCCCUUCUUCAUCCCACCUUUCUCUAACUCUGACUAACUUCUCUCUGUGUUGCUUCGAUCUUGUUCUGUAGCCUAAUAUUUCUCUGUGGUUUAUGAUGAUGAACUACCAGAAGGCAACAUUGCAGAUGGUCAGGACAGAUACAAAUAAACACCUUUGCUCUUGGUUUUAAUGUUGUGGCUGAUCAGUAGUUGGACACACAGUAUUUGCUUUGUCCAGUCAAAAUGCUGCUUCACACUGACAUGAAUGAUUUCCUCCUCAGGACUUGAGGCUGAAGGCUAUGACUCUACAGAGGUUGUUAGGUUGGUGGGAAGAGAUGGUCGCUGUGCAGGUAGACUGGAGGUGAAACACCAGGGAGAAUGGAGACAGGUGGGUGAUCAGUCACCGGACUGGACCCUGAGGAACGCAGCUGUGGUCUGUAAACAGCUGUACUGUGGCUCUGCUGUUUCAGUAGGAAUCAGUCAGAAGUUCAAACGCAGCACACCUCUAUGGCGCAUCAACUUUGACUGUGUUCGCUCUGGAUCUGCUCUGACAGACUGUGUAUCAUCUUCCUACUCCCCAGUUCAUUACUUCGCCCCGUCUGUUACCUGCUCAGACUCUGUCAGGCUGGUGAAUGGGACCAGUCUGUGUUCAGGCAGACUGGAGGUGAAGACUCACCAGUCUAACCAGUGGUGGUCCUCAGUGUGUGAAGCUGACUUUGACCUGCAGGAUGCAGAGGUGGUCUGUAGGGAGCUUGGCUGUGGGGCUCCUUCAGUCCUCCAGGGGGCGCUCUAUGGAGAAGUGGAGGCUCCAAUGUGGACCAAAGAGUUCCAGUGUGGAGGCCAAGAGUCUGCUCUCCUGGACUGUAGAAGCUCAGGCUCAGCUAGAACCACCUGCUCACCUGGUAAAGCUGUUGGACUCACCUGCUCAGGGCCUGAUGUCGAGUUCAAGUUGGAGGGAGGAAACCAUAGGUGUGGUGGUCAACUGAAGAUGAAGUACAGAAGAGAGUGGAGAGCAGUGAGCGUCUGGGAAUACUGGUCUGAGUGGACCCUGCAGUCAGCAGCUGUAUUCUGCAGAGAGCUGGACUGUGGUUCUGCUGUUUCUACAGAAGGAAGAGAUGGAGGUUUCCCAUACAAAAGCGUGUGGUUGAUCAGUCCUGACUGUGCCCAGUCUGAACCUCUGUCUGAGUGUUUAACGCAUCAUCAUUCUCUUUAUAGCCUGUGGAUCACCUGCUCAGACUCUGUCAGGCUGGUGAAUGGGACCAGUCUGUGUUCAGGCAGACUGGAGGUGAAGACUCACCAGUCUAACCAGUGGUGGUCCUCAGUGUGUGAAGCUGACUUUGACCUGCAGGAUGCCGAGGUGGUCUGUAGGGAGCUUGGCUGUGGGGCUCCUUCAGUCCUCCAGGGGGCGCUCUAUGGAGAAGUGGAGGCUCCAAUGUGGACCAAAGAGUUCCAGUGUGGAGGCCAAGAGUCUGCUCUCCUGGACUGUAGAAGCUCAGGCUCAGCUAGAACCACCUGCUCACCUGGUAAAGCUGUUGGACUCACCUGCUCAGAGCCAGUCAGGUUGGUGGGAGGAGCCAGUCGCUGUGCAGGUACACUGCAGGUGAAACAUGAGAGAGACUGGACACCGGUGGACGCCUAUGAUUUUACCCCGGAGGAAGAAGCUGUAGCCUGCAGAGACCUGGACUGUGGCUCUCCGGUCUUCAUGGAGAAAAUAGAUCACUCAGGCAGUGCUAUGCAGAUUACCCAACCCAGCUGUGUCCGGUCUGGAUCUGCUCUGAGGGAGUGUGUAGCAUAUAGGACUUAUUCCACGUCCAUCAUGAAUCUCACCUGCUCAGAUCCAGCAGCUUCAACAUAUCCAUCAGAUCAAUCAGAUCCAGCAGAUCCAGCGCUCUUCAUCCGACUGGGCAUCCUGCUGCCGGCUCUGCUGGUGCUCAUCACUGCCAUCUGCUGCAUCUACAAGCUCAGCAGGGGGCAGAGGUCGGCCCCGGAGGAGAGCGUGGAGCUGGAUUAUUAUGACGAGGUUGGACCUCCAGCAGGAGGAUGGAUGGCUGAGGAGGGGGGAGUCCAGGAGCUGUAUCUCUCAGCUGAGUGAAGGAUUUUACUCAGAUGUUCCUUUUAAAGUCCUCAUGGCAGAGAGGCGUCGGUGUGAUACUCAUUUUGACCACUAGAGGCUGAACUGGUGCUCCAGUCUGAUCAGGACAAACAGGAUCUGUGUUUUCCUCCGGUGGUUUUUAAGGUUAAAGAGUGAAACAGAACUAUCACCCAGGAGACUAAAAGUUCAAAUCCCAUCUAUUGACCUAAUGUCAGUUUAGAGACAGUUUGUCUUUAGAUCUGUCUGAAGCCUUGAAGGGAAACUUGUGAGAUUACAUUUCAUUUCUAAGAUUUUAACCUUCAUAUUUAGAUUUUUAUACAUUUUGAAUCUCACGUAAUCCUUUUAUAUUUAUCAGUGUUUAUAUUUGGAGUUGUUGUGGACUUUGUUCCUCACUCGCUGUGUUUAAUAAAAGAAACUACAUCAUCUUGA